AUGAGUCGCGGCGGUAAACUUGCCCCUGAAGUGAACCGCGCGCUUUUCGUCAAGAACCUCAACUACAACGUCAGCCCCGACGAACUCUUUGAGCUCUUUGGCAAAUUCGGUCCCGUCCGUCAGAUCCGCCAGGGCAUCGCCAACAACACAAAGGGCACCGCCUUCGUUGUCUACGAGGAUGUUGUAGACGCCAAACAAGCAUGCGACAAGCUUAACGGAUUCAACUUCCAGAACCGAUACCUCGUCGUUCUCUAUCAUCAGCCCGAGCGCAUGACGCAAAAACAGGACCUCCAGCAGCGCCAGGACGAGCUAGAAAAGCUCAAACGCCAGCACAAUAUCGAUUAG